UACAUUAGGAUGGCAAUUGUGUCAACCCGUCUGCAUUAAUGCAGUUGUUUAAAUGACGACUAAGAACCACUGAACAGAUCCCUGAAAGAAUGGCCUGCAAUAAAGCUAUAAUUCCUUACGGCUUCAAGACUGUCGUGAAAACACUUGGGAAAAUUGUUCUGUUAAAACAACCUGCAGAUAUACACCAAUUUGCCUCCAUCUAUUUCAAAGAAUUAAUAGAGUUCAGAGCUGUUAAUCCAUCCCUUGAUUUAAAACAACUGGUAAAUUUAUUCUAUGUAAAGAAGGUAGUGAUAACUGAAGGUCCGGAGAACAAGACGGCAUCUGAGCCAGAAUCUGCUGACCAACAUAACCAAGAUGUAUCUCUUCCAUGCAAUAUGUUUGCACCCAUCGACCAGAAAGAUUGCUCCCCUAUUACGUGCCCCACCUUAGAAGAUAUGCUUGUUAUGCAUGAGGAUUCAAUGCAGAGGAGAUCAGUGACACAUUCAAGCAUUAAUAAAUCUAAUGCGGUGUUCACGAAGGAACUUGCUGAAAGGGCAGCUGAGGAUAAACCUUGCUUUGUAUAUCUUUACACGAGUUCCGUGAACCAGGAUAAAUCUGCGUUUGCUUACAUUUCUCCAGAUGCUUCUUUGGUUGACCAAGAUAAUAGAUUAAGGAACGUUAAGCAGGAACCAGCUCACCUUGACGUUAAAGUGCCAAACGUGACCAAUAGAGGCGCCCGCUCUAACUGCAGGCAUUCAUCCAAUGAAUUCAGUAGCAUUCCAAUUUUGACUCGGAUACAACAAGCCCAAGUUUAUAAAAGCACAAACAGGCAAGUGCCUGUUCACAAGAGUGGAAAGAUGACUCGCAGAUCAGAAUCUUUUCCGGAGACUUGUUUGCUUCACCGUGUGCUUUCAUCUGAUGUGGCAGUGAUCCAGAACCCAAUCCAUAUGAUUCACAAAGCAGUUCCCAUUCAUUCCGAGGCAAUUUCAGCCUACGCGGAGCAUAUUCCCAUUCUGUCCACUGACCCGUCGGCGCUGAAUAGCUCCAAACAACAUUUGCUUCCGCUGGAAGGCGAUUCGUGUGCCACAGAGGUUGCGUCAGACGAUAAGGAAUUUGGUGAGAAGAACCUGCUGCCUCAAAUUAUUGAUGCCACACCAGGAGACCACGGAGAGCAUCUGGAGAAGUGUACUUCUCAUGAAUGCCUCUCACUUCCUGAAGGUGGAAAAAUAACAGGGGAAAUACCAGUGGGGUCACCUGAAAACGUGCAGAACACUGAGGAAACAAAUGUGAAUGAUACACAUCCACAUAGGAUGGAAUAUGUUAAAGAAACUGGAGUGGAUAAAACUGUAAAUGAAGCACAGGAUAUGGAAUCUAUAUUGACGCACUCCCAAAGUGAUAGAAAUUCCGACAAUUAUUUUUAUCCGCCCCUGACUUACUGUCAGGCAGCAAACCCACUGGAUGUACACAUGUUGCAUUCGGAAACUCAGCAGGAGACACUUAGCAUCAUGACUGAAGUCUUCCACAAGAUGCUGCUCCGACUGGACGAUCUAGAACUCCGAGUGCAAGACAUGGUGAAUCGUCUCGAAGACCUGACUAUCACCGUGAACGAAAUACAUUCUGCUAUGAACAUCACGGCAACAGGUGACGCAUUUACUUGUAAGAGUUUUGAUCAGCAUGAGAGUUAUUUCCAAAAUUAAUUAUGAAGCAUGGUCAUAUCAGUGUCAAUCUACUGAUCAGUGUCAGAGAUCAGGAUAUGAAAAAAAGUGUGAUUUUCUGCAAUAAAAAUGGCUUUGUAAUUCAAUUAUGCUUUAUUGUCCAGUGUACAUCAGGUUUAUAAGGUAACAGUUAAUUCAGCAGAUUGAGCCUCAGCGCUCUAAAGAUUAGAUGAAUCCUGCUAAACUAUAUAUAUUAAAAAAUGACAAUGUGAACGUUUGUAUACAAGAACGUCGUCUCAGCAUUGUUAUAGGGAGAGGCUAGAAAGGCUUGGACUUUUUUCCUUGGAGUUUAGGGGCGACCUUCUACAAAUACUCCAUACAACGUGUCGAUCUUACCCGACACGAAACGUGGCCUCUCCACGUUCUCCAGAGAUGCUGCCUGA